GUCGUUCGUAAUAACUUUGCAAAUCAAGGUGACAUUAAGGAGCAUUUGAAUAUUUCGUUCAAGUUUUCGUUAUACGAGUUUAACCUCUUCAACUUCUGCAGCGUUUUGGGAAACUAAACCACGGAUCACAACAGUAAUGGAUGUCAUAUAGCACCAGCACCUUCUCAAGUAGUCUGAUUGUUCUCUUCAACUUUGGAGCUGUGAUACCGCGCUGUCAGUGUUUGUACUUGUCUUCGUGGGUCCUCUAAUUCCCAGCAAGCCACAUCAGGUUUGCAAGGGAUCCCACGGGCGUUAUCUGUAGUAGGUCUGGACUCUCAAAAUCAGGCAGGGGAAGAAGGUUCACCACCUCCCCCUGCAAAACGUGCCCGACUGUCUAGUGACAUGCACACCAAUGGAAAUUCCGAUAGCUCCAAAGCAGAAACAAAUGGGUCAACAGCGGACGAAGUCGACAACGCUGAUCAUUUACAAAACAAUAAUUUGAGUAGUAAAGUUGUAAAUUUAAACGGGCACGAUUCAAAUGGAGUCAGUAGUCACUUGGGUCGAGUUUUCAUCCCCCCUCAUCAGAAAGAUACUGUCAGACUCAUCGGCCAGCACCUUCUAGAACUGGGACUACAGAAGACGGUAGACCAGCUUGUAGAAGAAGGAGGGUCUAUGUUGGAGCACCCCCUAGCGUCUCAACUCCGUAAAAACAUACUCACAGGGGAGUGGGAAAGUGCAAUGACGGUGUUCAGUGAACUGUGUGGAGCUAGUGAUACUGGAGUUGUCGAAAUGAAAUACAAGAUUCUAGAACAGAAAUAUCUUGAGCUCCUUGAAGAAGGAGAGCGGAUGAAAGCACUGCUAUGUCUCCAGGAAGAGAUAACACCCCUACAACACUGUCCCUCUAAACUCCACCUCCUGCCCUCCUUCCUCAUGACCAGCUCACCGGCUGAUUUGCGCGCCAGAGCCAAGUGGACUGGUGCUAACGGCGCCAGCAGACAGCGCCUCAUCCACAAAAUACAAGAGUUCCUGCCCUCGUCCGUGAUGUUACCCCCUAAACGACUCGAAGUGUUGCUGAAACAGGCUCUGUUACUGCAAGCUAAGAACUGUGUGUAUCACAACAGUGAUUUCGUUCCUCACCUCAGCAUUUCCACUUUACUUGAGGAUCACAACUGUACCAGAGAUUCGUUCCCUACAGAAACCAAGCAGAUAUUAGAGCACUGUGACGAAGUACAUCAUUGCACGUGGUCAAAUAACGGGCUGUAUCUCGCCACUGGUGCUCUGGAUGGUAGUCUGUAUAUCUGGAAAUAUAACCCCCAGAGAUACCAGUUAGUUGAAGAUAAGCUGAUAACAGUUACAUUUAACGUUGGAUACAUAUCCUGGUCACCUGACGACACUAUGAUAUGUGUGUGUGGUGUCGAGAAAUGUCCAGAGGCUGUCGUUUACACAGUUGCUGUUUCGGGAAACUCAGCAGUAGAAAAAUGCAGGAUAUCUCAAUCUACUGACGACGUUUUGACCUGCUGUGCUUGGUCUCCUGACAGCCGCUUCAUUUACACUGGAGGCCAGCAGGGACAAUUUUACAAAUACGAUAUACACUCAAGCACGGUCUACAAUUGGGAGGGUGUCAGAUUGCAUUCUGUCGCAACUCUCCGGGAUAACAAGACAGUGUUAGCUGCUGACAGUCAUAAGCGUGUCAGAUCGUACAAUUUCGAGGAUUACACCGACCAAACUAUUUAUGAAGACGAGAAUCAGAUAAUGAACAUGACUUUGUCAAGCGAUGAGAAGUACUGCCUUCUCACUUUGUCGAAACAGGGAUUGGUGCUGGUAGAUAUAGCGUCCGGGACGACAGUCCGGAAAUAUUUCGGUCUCCAGCAGUCAGAUACCCAAAUAAACUCAUGUUUCGGCGGCGCUAACGAACAGUUUAUUCUCAGUGGCAGCGAAGAUAAUUUGGUGUACGUGUUUAAAAGGGACUGCGGAGCUCCUAUCCUAAAACUUCCUGGUCACACCAGACUAGUUUCCUGUGUUUCCUGGAACCCUGUCUACACUGACUGUUUCGUGUCCGGAUCUGAUGAUACUAGUGUCAGAUUAUGGGGCCCUCGCAUUUCUUCAGAAGAAUCAGAAUCGAUAGUUGGGACACAGGUCUGACGCAUCUCACGUGACGUCAUAUUCCGACCCGUGACGUCACACUAGUUGAAGCUGAUAGACUCACUGCCCUCACGGACACAAAGUAUUAUAAUUAUUAAUUAUCCAAUGUGAAACGAGUCAGGUCAGGUCGCACUUGGUGUAGUGCGCAAACCAUAACAGUCCUGGCUAGGCCCACAGUUCGAUCUGUAUAAUCCAUGUUUUUGUCGUUAGCCUUUCAAUGAAAUUCACGUCAAUUCAAUGCAUUUUAUUACAAUCACAUUCAUGAUCCAUUGAAUUCAAUCCGAUACACUUAAUGCAGUUUUUGCGCCUAUUAUUUUUGUGUGACUUAUGAAAGCAUCGUUUUAAAGCCAAGAAAAUGGGUCGAUAAUUUAACCUAUAUUACAAGGUGUGGCCUGUUUAUCUUGUUUUUGUUAUUGAUAUAUGAUCAAUAAAUACAAUCUAUCCUGACCAAGAAUUUCACUAGGAACCUAUAUCGGAUCGAACUGUACCCGCGCGGCCGUUAACCUUGCGAAUCAAUAAUCUUAUCAAGCAGUUGAAGUAGUGCACUAGUAACUUAACUACUAACUUAACUACAAACUUCGCACCGCUGCUGUUUAUCAAAUUCAGGUUUUAUAUGAAUCUUUUAACUGAUUUUUAACCGGACUCGUGCCAUCUCCUGCUGUAUUAACUUAUUCCCACGUUAACAACAAAUGUUCAGUGUGCACCGUUUACUGCGUCUCUCUAAAAUUUUUAAAUAUCUGAAGAGAAGAACCUCGCCUAUAAGAACUGAGAGAGACAAACCAAUUUCAAAACUAAGCUUUCAGUAUUUAACAGUCUUGUAAAUAUUAGUAAAUAUAUUUAAUUUAUGAAAUGGAAGUUGCAGCACGAAUGGUGAAUGUUUUGAUUGGCAGAGUAACUUUGCAAGGUGUUUUUUCUUUGAAACUGUUUCGUUUUAGUCUGGUACAUAUUCAUUGUUUUAUCGUACUUAGCGAUAAGGAUGAGACUGCUCUUAAUUUAAAGGUGAUAUAUUAUAUACUGCUGCUAUUUUAUUAGUUUUACGUUGCCAUGGUAAUUUCUAUAGAGUUUUGUGUGUUGAUAUAGCGAUAUAUUUUGGGGUAAGCUCUGUUAAACAUAUUUAUCCUCUAAAAGUGGAUUUGGAUGAUAUCUCGGCCUUGUAUCAUGAAGCAAGCAAGAAUUUUAUACUGGAUAAAACAUCAUUCCUAUAAUAGUCUACUUUAUUCCCAGAAAUCAAUUUAGAAGAUAGUUAGUAUACUCUUCUGAAAAUUUAAAAAUUGAAUACUCACUACUAGUACUUGAAUUAAAACGCCCCUAUUUCUUCUCCAUAUUUUUGUCGUAUUAUGUUCUAGUGAUAGUAACAUGUGAGAUAUUAGAUAUAUAAAAUAGGUAAAUUGGAAUGAACAUUUUCUUGAUCGGUUAUGUUUCCUAAAUUGCUGCCUUACUUAUUUAAAUUAGUUUCUGGGUAUAAGUCAAUAAUAUUAUUUAAGCGUAUUUUUCCUUAUAUACUUUCACCAAAAUUCCUAACCAUAUUUGCGAUUGUUUACUAUGUGCAAAUUUGGGAGAGUAUUAUAUUAAAACCUGGAGUUCUAGAGAAUGUAUUCAGGAUGCAGGAAUUCGAAAUAACUUUUGAUAAUCAUAAAUUUUAUACAUAUUCGAGUCAAAUGUUUGAAAUGUGUC